AUGUUAACUGAUAAGAUAAAUGAGGCUAUUGUUUGUUCAAAUAUCAAUACAAAUUCAAAUGGUUCUGUAUCUUCUAACAACAUAGACAAUCCGGUUGCUGCUGAACAGCCAAGUGAUAAUGUGCCCACUGUAAACGAUUUUAAACUGCUUGAGGAUGAUUUUAGAAGGGGGAUUUCUGAAUAUAAGUCUUACAACUACUCUAAAUCCUUUAAAACAUUAACAAAAGUUGUGGAAAAUUCAGUUUUAUUGAAGGACUCAAACACUGAAAAGAAGACCUUAAAAUACUUAUCUAAACUUUGUAUAUUAAACGCCGAUCAUGAAAAGGCUUUAUGUUACUUAAAUAAACUUGGUAUUAGUCCUAAAUCACUCAGUUUGUUGGUAAGAUGCCUAUAUCUUAAGUAUGAAAAAACUAAAAACAAAAACCUGUUAUAUACUGUAAAACAUCUUUUAAACUUAAUUUUAUCAUGCCCUCAUAGUGUAAAUAAUGCAGAAAAGCAGACUUGUGACAAAGAUAAUUUUAAUUUUGUUAUUAAAAAUAAUCUCUUACUAUGUCAAGUGUUUUGGGAGCUGGAGGAAUAUGUAUCAUACUUCAACUUACUGGAUAAAGUUAACCUCUACAUCAAUAAAUCUAACAUACGUAUUAAGAAUAAGAAUUUAAUUUUGUUUAACAAGGUUGCGAGUCUUUCCUCUGCAACUAAAUCCCAAAAUUGUCUUACCUCGGUUGAAAAUCAAUUGAAUGAAUCAGAGUCUUUUGUGAAAGAGCUUGAAAACAAACCCCUUGACAGUUUUCAAGAUGAAAGAGUUGAUUUGGUUUAUGAGAUAACAAUUAAUUUGCUAGAAGAUGACCUUGAGUUGAUGAUAAAUGGAGGGUCAGUGAAGGACAUUUUACAACAAUUAUUGGAGUUUUAUGUAAAUCUUGAAAAAACACAGUGUGACUGGAUGAAUAAAUACGUAUAUUUAAGUGUGGAUAUCGAUGAAAAUAAAACUGUAAGGACAGAAUCUGAUCUUACUCCUGAAUCUAAAAGAGCCAGACAAAGUAGACAGGGGCAGAGAGAUGUAAAAAGAAGAGUAAUAGCAGUAGAAGGAGUCUCAGCAAAGUCAAUAUAUUUAAAAAAUUACUGGACAUCUGUUUGUAACUUCUUCUACCUGAACGAUUUUAAUAAUGCACUAAAUUCAAUAAGUAGUUCACAUGGAAUAGUUAGGAAUGAUGAGGAAGAAGGUGAGGAUGCUGUGGGAACAAUAUACCCAAGUGAUAUUGCAAGGUUCCUAAAAUACUCUGAAAGCCAAUAUAACUUGGAUAUAAUGAUGAACAUAGGAUUUAAAGGAAAAUUAACUUUCUCAGAGAAGAGUAGCUUAUAUUUGUUGGUAAAUUUUUUCCUUAAUUUUAAGACAAAUAAGGCAUCAGUAAUGUCAUUUUCACUGAACCUUCUCGAGUUUCUGUUAAAAAAUCAACAUGUUGGAAACAAUUACAAGGAAUAUCAACUUUUAAUAUCCUAUCUUUAUACAAAUAUAAACAAAGUGCUGGUUGAACGGAUUUAUAAUGAUAGAAAUAAAGGCGAAAAACAGUAUGAUAAUAAUAAUAGUUCUCAUGUUGUACAAGAUGUUCUUUUUAACACUCUGUUCAGAUAUAAUAAUUUUUUUUCAAGUAGUAACUACUAUGUCCAGAAAUUUAAGAGAAUAAAUGAGAGAUACUCGAUAAGAAUAUUGUUUACACUGUAUAAAAACAUCAAAUCUGCACAGAGUAAAAAUGACAAUAACAACAGAAAUGGUUAUAGUAAGGAGAUGGAGGUUGUUAAUUCGGCUUACAACACAUGUUUAUUCCAUAUGUAUAAACUGUCAAAGAGGGACUUUUUUAAAAAGAUUCAUCUGCUUUAUUUUCAUACUAAGAGGAUAUCCCCAAAAAGGCUGGAGAUAAACGAUUACAUAUGUAAAUUAAUUAAACAAUAUAACUAUAUAAUGCAGUAUGAAGGCAGAAAUUUGGGUUUAAAUAUUAAUAUGUGUGAGAGGAAAAAGAAAAUUAUGACAAGGAAUGGAAAACUAAAAGGGUACAUUAAUAGGCUUUUGAAUAGUAUGUCUAAUUAUUCAUUAAAUGAAACUAACCUUGAAGGGCUUUUGGACAAAUUUAUUAAAAAGUUCUUCAUAAUCCUUUCUAAACAUGUGGACAUUUCAGCGGUUAGGUGUUUAUAUUAUUAUAAUCAAGGUAUUGGAGUGGUAGAUGAUAAAAUUAGUGAAGUGACUAUGAUACAUGAUAAGUACCUGGACAUGAAUUGUGAUAAACACUUCUUAACUGAGUUGCGGGAAUUUCUGGUUGAAAUAGCAUGCUUGAUAUCUGUGAAUGAAACACUCCCGAAAUGGACUAAUAAAUUUCUUCUUUUUCUUGGUGAUAUUUUGUCAGUGAUAUCUUUCAGCCUCCAUAAAAACAUAACAAACAUACAGAUUAAUGAUAAGUUCAACAUACUAAAUAACGUGUCAUUCAGUCAUCAGUUUUUGAUAACACUGUCUUCAACACUGUUAGUAAUAAUCAACAAGCUAUACUACUACAAGUGUUCAUAUGUACUUUCACCUACAACAUGUUCAAAUGAAACGGGUACAUGUGGGAUGACUGAUAAAAUCAAUGUUUUCGUUAAUUGUUUGAAGCAAGUGGAAUUGUUGGAUGGGUUCAGUUUAGUGUUGAAUAAUACAAUUUCAAGGAUAUAUACCAACGUAGUGUUUAUAAUCUACUACCUGGUUAAUUAUCUAAUGUCAGAUUAUACAAACCAGGACUCAAAAACAAUAUACUACUUAUUCCUUACUUUUUCACAAACAACGGUCAUUAUUCUGUCAUCAUUUUUCUAUAUUAAACUCUAUUCACCAAUAAAUAACUGUAAUGAAGAUGUUUCUGAUGUGGUUAAAAUAGAAUUCCCCUGUUUUCUACAAGUAUUGAAUGAAAAUUUAGAUUUGAGUCCGUCACAAGGCUCAUCUUUUAGUGAAGCAAGUGAUGAUUCUGAUAUCUGUAACGUUAUAAGUGGGAAUAUAAUGGACUACUAUUACACAUUUAAUAAUAUUCUGGACUCACUAUUACAGAUUGACUCGUUAUUUAGAGAAAAUGAUAUUAAUAUAGAAACGACACUUAUACCAACUAAGCUUGGGGAUUAUCUAUUAGUAAGUUCUAACGGAUUGGAGUUCUCAGAUUCACCCUCUAAUAUAAACCUGAACCUGUACACCACCAUCUUGAACAAGUUCACAGACCUGUUUAAUUUUGAUGUUUUAAGUAAUUUCAAGACGGAUUUGCAAAUUGUUGAAAGCCCUAAUCAUUUGCUGAACGAUGAAUAUACAAGCAUAUUCACCAAAUUGUACCAAAACAUUGUAAGAAGUAAGACAUAUAAGGCUGAUUACAAAUCCAAUGAAAAUGAGUUUGAAGAAUUUUUUGUGAAUUUCAGAGAAAGGAGUUUAUUGUUUAAUAAAGAUGUUACUCACUUGAUAAAUGAAAUGUUCAGUAAGUGCAUAACUAAUAUAGCCAGGGAAAUCACAUCUCCAGUAACUGCUCUUAUGUUCAUAUAUUUUAAAAAGUUCGAGAUCUUUGACAACACCCUUGACUCCUUUAAAGCCAUAUUUGACCAGAUUUCCAUACCACUUCAGGAUAAAACGCCAUUCUUCAAAUUGUAUCCAAACCCACUAAUAAUUCACACCACUAAGACUCCUAAUGUAGUUAGUAACAAAAGCAGUUUUGAAAGUAUAAAUAAUCAAGAAACAGAAAUUCCUAAAGAAGACCUUGAAAACCAGUUACAGGAAUCUAGUAAAGUAAACUUAGAAGUUUUAUCUGAACCUCUAAAGACUUCCAAUACAGAUGGUGGUGAUGAAUCUGGACUAGAAACUCUUAGUUCGAAUUUGGGACCUGAGAGUGGUUUGGACCCAAGAUUGGUGGAAUAUGUGAAUUAUACAAGCAAGAUUGAGAAUUUUUUAAAAUCAGAUAAAAUGUUUGAUUACUACUCUCAAGUAGAACAAAUAUAUUUAAGCGCACCGGAAUAUGAGUGUAUGAACACACACAAAAUGAUGUACCUCAAGAAACUUAAAACAUAUACUAACAUUGAUAAUGUGGUCACAUUUGAUAUUGAAAGUUAUUCACCAGAACACUUAGUUGAACGGUUGGAAGUUCUGAACAUGGCUAGUGUGGUGCUUCCAAAAAGCUAUGAUGUCUUAUUUCUCUCAAUCAUUGUAAAAUUCGAGCUGUUUUUAUCAAUUGUGGAUGUUAAACCAUUUCAUUCCAGAUACUCAUUUCAUGAAACUAUUUCAGCCUUUAAUGUCAUUAAUUCCAAGCUUAUGACUGUUAGUAGUUCAAAAGUUUCCCACGUUUGCAGGCUUGACCACAUGGAAAUUGUUAAGCAACUGUUAUACCUCCUGUAUAUUGCAAUAGUUAGGUACUCGAAACUCUCAACUAACACAUCAAACUUUUCUGACAAGAGAUUGUUGUUCUACAACGAGUAUGAUUGUACUGAGUAUAAAAAAAGUGAUGUGGAAAUUCCUGGGACUUACAGUUUUAAGUUAACCAAUAGGAUAAAUCUGUUUUAUUUUAUAAGGAUAUCAUUGUUACUGUAUCUAUUGAAGAGGGGAGAGCUAAUACCAGCCGCUCUUUUGUUCCAAGAUUACGCUCUACUUAUGAAAAAUAUAGAUUCAUCUGUUGAAGUUGAUUAUUAUUCUCGGCCCUUGAAUAGUAUUGAUGAUUUCGUGUCAUUUAUGCCCUGUACCAAGGUUUACCACAACACAAACUAUGCCUACCUGCUGUAUUUCCAGAUUAAGAUACUUGAGAGAAUAACAAAGAACGUGCCCACUACAAGUGAACUUUGGAUUUCAAUGUACACCAAAAUAUUAUAUAUUUACAAGACUUACCUCGAGAUGCUGGUCCGUAACAAAUCUUUGGAUAAUACUAGAGUUUCCGUAGAAGACGAUGAAAAUGAUGAGAUUGAGGAAUCAGAAGUUGAAAAUGGUGAAAUGUCGAUGGAUCAGUUGAAUGAAGUAUUUGAGAGAUUAUAUGACUCUGGGAACAUGGACGAUGAGCUGAUAAUAUCAUACUACAAACUACACUGCUCAAGGAUGAGGUUAUGUUACAUAAUGCCAAAGUUUUACUACCUAGCUGCACCAUAUUCGUUCUCGUCUGAGCACAAUUCUCUCUUUAAAGAACGGAAAUUCAAGGAUAAUUUGUCAUAUUCGAGGUACUACCAAUGGGGAACACAGGUGGAAUUUCUAUGUAAACACAACAACAUUGACAGGAAUAAAGUAAUGGAGGAUAUAGUUUUGUUUUAUAACAAAAUCAAAAACAGUGUUGAUCGUGACAUCGUAUGUUUGGUGUGUUACAAGUUGGCGAUUUACUACCACAAUGUGGGAGAUAUUGACAAAUUGCUUGACCACCUUGAAGAGAUGGUUAAAAACAUCGUUUUACCCGAUGAUUACUCAAGAUUUGCAAUGAACUUUGAAAUAACAUUCACGAAAUCCUGUAAGAAGAUAGUCACAAACACCUCAAACAUACUAAUUAAUAUGGUGUGCCAGGAGGUUCAAAGUUCUAAGCUUGUGCAGGAUGAACAUACAAUGGCUUUUAACGAAUAUUAUCUAAACUGUUCCGAUGUUAGUGUGGACCAAGUAAAAGCAAAAUCAAAGGUGAAAAGCUUUAAAAAAGCCGUUGGAGCCUGGAUAUUCUCAGGUUUAGAAAAAUUAGAAAAACUGGAAGAUAUACACAGGCUGAUUGUGGUGAUGAUUGAAAUGUUAGCUAAGUUGAAUAAGAAAUUUAAGGAAUUACCUCAAGAUAAGACAAACUCGUUGCUGUUCUCCACAUUAAACUACACACAAAAUGUCAUUAUCAAUUCUCUAUGUUACUGUUUCAUGUUGCUCGUAUACUCCUGUCCUCACGUGUUAUCUGUAUCAACAAUGUCCCAAGUUCUAAAGAUUGAAGACCUUAUAGAAAUUGCAAAAUCCCAAAAAAUUGUCAAAAACAAGCCAAACCAUUCUACGUAUAUGUCCAAGAUACUGUGGAAACUUAUAACGUCUAAUUCUGGGAAGGAUGAUGUGUACCAAUAUCUGGAAGCAAAGGGCGUGUUUCAUCACUCAAGUAUCUCUAGCGAAUAUAACUCUAACUCCGCAACUCUAGAUCUUAGAAUCCUAAAGGAUUUGUUUUACCUCUUGAACCUUAAACUUUACCUUAAACCCGUUGAAAUAACAAAUAAACUCUCUGAAAUUUUUGUCGACGCCUGUAAUAGACUUCUCUACAUGAUACCAGAAGACCCUUCACUUCUCACAAAAUCCCAGGAUAUCACUCUUCCAUCAGGAAGAACCGUGAAAAUUAGUGACGAAUGGGUUCUUAAUCAAAGAAUCACGACAAAUCAAAAGGCAGCCUCUGCAUUCAAUGAAGCCAUAAAUAAACCAGUUUAAUUUUAUUGUAAACUUA